AUGAAGCGUGCUGAAGAUCAGGGUGUCAAGGCUUAUGUCUGGACCAUCGAUGCUCUUGCUACUUCCGUUCGCCAUCGCGCUGCUCGUUACGACACCACCAAUGCUAACGGUGCUACGUCUGUCCUUAGCUGGGACCUCUUUAAAGAGAUCAAGGCCCACACCAAGCUUCCCAUCAUCCUCAAGGGCAUUACCACCACUGAGGAUGCUCUUCGAGCUGUCGAGGCUGGAGCUGAUGGUAUCUGGCUCUCAAACCACGGCGGUCGCCAAGUUGACUACUCUCCCUCUCCUCUCGAAAUCGCCUACGAGAUCCGUCGCAAUGCCCCUGAGAUCUUCGCCAAGACCGAGGUUAUUGCCGACAGUGGUAUCCGAUAUGGUAGCGAUGUUAUCAAGCUGCUGGCUCUUGGUGUCAAGGCUGUUGGUCUUGGACGUCCUUUCAUGUACUCCAACGUUUACGGUGUUGAGGGUCCCAAGAAACUCAUCCAGAUCCUCAAGAGCGAGAUCCUCGCCGAUGCUGCUCAGAUUGGUAUCACUGAUCUUCACAGCAUUCCUUCCAAGGUGCUCAACACUCGUGCACUGGAGCGCGAUGUUUACCUGAUGGAUGAGAACUAA